GGCCCGCGGAGAGGCCGGCAGAGAGAGAGCAUUCCCGGAUCUGCACCAUGUCUCUGUACCGAAACUCCGCCUGGUUCCUGAAGGGGCUCACCGAGUUCACCAGGAGCGCCUUCCUGUCGGCCUCCAAGAGCUUCGUGGAGAAGGACCUGGAGGCGUCUUUAGCCGGACGUUCCUUCAUGAUAACGGGAGCUAACAGCGGCAUCGGGAAAGCCACCGCCAUGAACAUCGCUAAGAAAGGAGGAACGAUCCACAUGGUCUGCAGGAACAAGGACAAGGCCGAAGAGGCGAGGGCCGAAAUCGUCAAAGAGACGGGAAAUAAAGAGGUGUUCGUCCACAUCCUGGACCUUUCUGAGACUAAGAAGGUCUGGGAGUUUGCCGAGGGAUUCAAGAGAAAAUAUAAGACCCUCAACGUACUGAUAAAUAACGCAGGCGCCAUCCUGAGUGAGAGGGAGGUGAACACUGAGGGUCUGGAGAAGAGUUUCGCGACCAAUGUCCUCGGGGUUUACAUUCUCACCAAGAGUCUGAUUCCUCUCCUGGAGAAGAGCCCAGACCCCAGAGUGAUCACGGUGUCUUCGGGGGGGAUGUUGGUGCAGAAGCUGAGGACAGGAAACCUUCAGUCAGAGAGAGGACGCUUCGACGGAACCAUGGUGUACGCCCAGCACAAAAGGCAGCAGGUGGUGAUGACGGAGCAGCUGGCAAAGACUCACACUAACAUCCACUUCUCUGUCAUGCACCCAGGCUGGGUGGACACACCAGCGGUGGCCAAUGCUAUGCCAGAUUUCCACCGCUCGAUGAAGGAGAGCCUCCGGGCCCCUGAGCAGGGCGCAGACACCGUGGUGUGGCUCUCCGUCUCUGAGGCCGCCGUCAAGAACCCCAGCGGACGCUUCUACCAGGACCGGAAGAUGGUGUCCGCCCACCUCCCUCUGGCCUGGACCCGCUGCUCGGCCCUGGAGGAGCAGAAGUUAGUGUCCCUGCUGGAGGACAUGGCCAAAACCUUCCAGCCCCACUGAGGGAGGAGACCCCCCCCGCCGACACACACACACACACACUAACCCCAAACACCCCCCUGAUGAUGUAGGGAAUAAAUCUGGGUCCAUGUUAUCCAUAAUAUGUGCAGAGGUAACACUAACGGAGGCUAAAAUGCGUCAAAUAUGAAGAUGAACUGUGAAACUCUGCCUGACAACGGAUUAAAACGGAUGAAAGCACAUAUUUAAUAAGAUGAAUGCCUAAUUUGCACAUUUUAACAUUGUACUUCAGAAAACUGGUAAUACAAAAAGUAAUCGUCUUAAUGUACGUAAUCAACUGUGAAAGUUUCAUAGUGAUAUCUAUUUGUUUAAAAUAUUACCCUAUUCACCUGUAGUGUCUCCCUUGCUGAUGGUGAACACACACACACAUACACACACACACAUACACUACUGUGACUUUAAUAAAGUUGUCAAUCAGAUGGGAAUCUGAUGGGACCAAAGUCACUCUCACUGCAUUAAUAAUUCACACCACCAGCUCAUGAAAUGUGUAUUUAAUAUAUCUGUGUGUAACUUGUGUAUUUGCUAUAUUGCAGGUCAGCCGCUUCUGUUGACAUGUGCAAUAAACCCUCUGUAUUUAUGUCUCAAUAAUAUCUGCACAGCACCUUUACAAAGCAUUUACUGACUGAGUAUAUCCUGUAAAUGCCCGUGUGAAUAAAUCAAUUAAAUGAC